AUGCAGCUCAUCGCCCUCGUCACUCUCGCCACCGCUGUCGCGGCGGUCCCGCUGAAUUACUUCACGAGCCCGUCGCCGGCUACUGCGGCUGUCCAGCCUACGAAUGUCGCGCUGAACCACCCGACGGGGUCAGGGGCAUCGACGCUAGGCGGCGGCGAUGUUAGGCUCAACCACCCUACGAGCCCGCCCUCGGCGUCCACGCCACUGGAGCGUCGGCUCAACCACCCCACGGGGACAGCGGCCACGCCUCCUGCGCGUCUCAACCAUCCGACGUCGCCUCCCGCGGUGUCCACGCCUGGUGGCGGCGAGGUCAAGCUCAACCAUCCGACGGGCACCGCUGCGGCGUCGACCGCGCUCGAGCGUCGUCUCGACCAUUUCACGAGCCCGACCGCGGUGUCAACGCCUCCCGUGCGUCUCAAUCAUCCGACGUCGCCGCCGGCGGUGUCCACUCCUGGUGGGGGCGAUGUCAGGCUCAACCACCCAACGGGUUCUGCGGCGGCGACCCCUCCGGCGCGUCGUGAGCCGCUGAACCACUUCACGCGCCGCGAGCCGCUGAACCAUUUCACGCGUCGUGAGCCAUUGGAUUACUUCACGCGUAGGGAUCCGCUCAACCACCCGACUGGCGGUGCUUACUGA